GUCUAUAAGUAUAUACAAAGCAAAAUGACUUUCUUCGAUGAAAGAAAAUAUAUUCAUAGAUUUAUAUAUGUAUAAAAAUCCGAAUGCUAUACUUCUUCGUCCUUCGAUUUGAAACGAUCGUUAUUACCUUUUUUACCGUAGAUCCAAACGAUUCCAAUAACACACAUCCGGCUUAAUAGAAGAAAGGAAUUAAAAUUAGAACGUUUCUUGUCACGAAACUUUGUCAUUUUUAUCCGAUUUACGAGAUCUAUGAAUUAAAGUGGAAGUGCGAAUCAAUGGAGAAUAAGAGAAUACGAUGUUGUUCUGAGUGUCUCUCCACUCCCCACUCUGAUAGAGAAUCCAGAGUUAUAUACCUGGUGGAGGCAACUUUCAGCGGGUCGCACUAUAUAAGAGAAUGACGAGCCGACCGCCCAUGAUAAAAGCUCGUGUGUGUUGUCAAUCCUGUGUACGUGCUCAUUGUUAACUUUCCCUCUCUACCUUCGUGUCUUGUCGACAGAAUGUAUCGUAUUUGUCUGCUGUUCGUAAUCGCGACAUCAGUGGCGCAAGGUCCUUACGAUUUAGAAUCAAGAGCUGUAACUCUUCCUGGCAAGCCAACAUUAGGGCCACUUUAUACGUCCGCAUUAGGUGGGAGUCAAGGUUUUCGUGAUAACAGUUACGAAGAUAAUGCUGUAACACCCACCCCAUCGUCUGCUCCACUUUACAGAAAUCCGAAUAAUCAACCACCCUUGUAUCGUAAACCAACAUCGUCACCGCUCGAUGGUUCUCAUGAUUAUCAAUCAAGUGUAAGAGUAGGAGGUGGUCCACCACCACGUGGUCCACCACCUCUUCGUGGUGGUGGUGGUCCGAUUGGUCCCAAUGGCCCGAUCAAUGCGGAAGAAAUCGAGGAAGAGAAAGAGGAACCGGAUCGUUUGACCCUUCUACUUCCUCAGAGCAAGUUCGAUUGUGUUGGUAAACAAACUGGAUAUUAUGCCGACGAAGAUUUGCAUUGCGAGGUCUUCCACUAUUGUCAUGAAAAUGCGAAACAUUCCUGGAUCUGUCCAGAAGGAUUUACAUUCCAUCAGGUUCACCUAAUUUGUAUGCCACCGAGCGGUGAUAUCAGUUGCAAAAAGAGCUCGCAAUAUCAUUUCGUCAAUGAAUAUCUUUACAAACCAUUGAACCAAGCUGAAGCUGAAACGAAACCUAACGUGACCUUGAGAUACAGCGAGAGGUAUUAUCCAGCGGAUAUAUAUACCGAUGAAAGGGAGGCAGGCGAUUAUCAGAUCACUCCUACGUCAGCACCUGUUCGACGUCCUCUGCAACAGGUUUUCACCGGUCAACCAUCAGCAGCUUUGAACAGCAUUCCUUCGUCGGCACGUCCUCAAAUACAAGUACCGCAAUUUCGUCUACCGGUGAAUCAAGUUUUUCAUAGUCCCGAAGAAGUGAAUAUACCUCUUCAACAUAGACGACCUCAACCACAACAGCAUCAAGCGAUCAGAAGAUUCCCUCAAGUUCGACCUGCGGAAGAAGAUUACGAGUAAACUCUGAGAAUUUUUUUUCCCAUAUAUAUAUAUAUAUAUGU